GGUUAUGAUGUUUUUAGUUACAAUCGGACACAACAAAAAGAAUAGAGUUCUACAAGUAGACUUUUGUCGCUCGGGGCAAACAAUUUCCAAAGUGAUCCACAGGGUUCUCCGUGCUAUCCUUCGACUUCAUCCUAUUUUACUAUGCCAACCAGAACCUAUACCAGAAAACUCUACUGAUGCAAAGUGGAAGCACUUCAAGGGUUGCUUAGGGGCACUAGAC